CCCGGGGCGGCCGCGCGGGAGGGAGGCCGAGAUGGCAGAUGAGAUCGCCAAAGCUCAGGCCGCGCGGCCUGGUGGCGACACGAUCUUCGGGAAGAUCAUUCGCAAGGAAAUCCCAGCCAAAAUCAUAUUUGAGGAUGACCAGUGUCUUGCUUUCCAUGACAUUUCCCCUCAAGCACCAACUCAUUUUCUGGUGAUACCCAAGAAACCUAUAUCUCAGAUUUCUGUAGCAGAAGAUGAUGAUGAACGUCUUCUUGGACAUUUAAUGAUUGUGGGCAAGAAAUGUGCUGCUGAUCUGGGCCUGAAGAAGGGUUAUCGAAUGGUGGUGAAUGAAGGUUCAGAUGGGGGACAGUCUGUCUAUCAUGUUCAUCUCCAUGUUCUUGGAGGUCGGCAGAUGAAUUGGCCUCCUGGUUAAGCAUGUUUUAGGGAUAAUUUUCCCUUAUCUAGGCAAUGGUCAAUAUUUCCCAGUUCCAGUAUGUUAAACAGUAUACUUUGUCUGUGUAUGGAGAGAUUGAGGAAAUAAUUUUUAAAACCCAUACAUAAUAAAAGACAAUGUUGCAUGGUUAAAAAAAAAAAAAA